AUGAAUUUAAAAUUGCUCGGGCUUCUUCUUGUUAUUGGAUUAUGUCAGGCGAAUGUUUUCAACAUUCCACGUAUCGCUCUCCGUCUCACCAGACAAUUCACUGGAAUGGAGAAGCUUCCAGCACCAGAAGAACUCGGAGGGGAAGAUUAUGAGAUGACGAUCGAGGUGAACAAAAUGGUUGAAGACAUCGUUGAUUCCGUAGAAGAUGAGGAGCAAACAGAAAAGUCGGAGGAUGUUGUCUUGCCAAACAUGAAAUUGGAAUCGCCAUUUGAGAUGGACAAAAAACCAGUUGUCAAUUAUCCAAAGAUGCUGAAAAAAGAUUUUAACAUUCCAAGAAAAGAGAUCGUCUAUCCAGAAGACUUCAAUGAGAAUGUUAUUGAGAUUAUGGAUUCCAGCAAUGAAAGAGACAUUGAUUUGGAGCCAGUUCUCAAGGCAAAGGUUGAAAAGGGAUAUUAUGAGAGCCUUGAUUCUGAUGACAAAAUCGAGGAUCUUAUGGACGAGGGAUCAUGGACAGACCUCUCCUAUUCAGAUGAAGAAUCGUCAGAUGAAGAAUUCUCAGAGGAGUACUUUGAGGAUAACGACGAAGAAUGGGAGGAGGCUCGUCCAUUUCUCAAGUGUGGAUGUUUGAAGAAAUCUGGAAAGGUUUUUGAAUCGAAGACUGCUUCAAGAGAGUGGGAAUCUGAAAACUUCCUAGCCAACGACCUUCCAUCGAGCUGGGAUUGGAGAAACGUUAGUGGAGUCAACUACUGCUCUCCAACCAGAAACCAACAUAUUCCAGUGUAUUGUGGAUCCUGCUGGGUGUUCGGAACAACUGGAGCACUCAACGAUCGUUUCAAUGUUGCUCGUCAGGGAAGAUGGCCAAUGACUCAACUCUCUCCACAAGAAAUUAUUGACUGUAAUGGAAAGGGUAACUGUCAAGGAGGAGAGAUCGGAGAUGUUUUGGAGCACGCCAAGAUUCAAGGGCUUGUCGAAGAGGGAUGCAAUGUAUACAGAGCUACAAAUGGAGAAUGCAACCCAUACCAUCGUUGUGGAUCCUGCUGGCCAAAUGAGUGCUUCUCUCUCACCAACUACACUCGUUAUUACGUCAAGGAUUACGGACAAGUCAAGGGACGUGAAAACAUUAUGGCUGAAAUCAAGAAGGGAGGACCGAUUGCCUGCGCCAUUGGAGCCACUAAAAAAUUCGAGUAUGAAUACGUCAAAGGUGUUUACUCCGAGAAAAGUGAUCUUGAUUCAAACCAUAUUAUCUCUUUGACCGGAUGGGGAGUUGAUGAGAAUGGUGUUGAAUAUUGGAUUGCCAGAAACAGUUGGGGAGAGGCGUGGGGAGAGCUCGGAUGGUUCCGUGUUGUCACUUCGAAAUUCCAAAAUGGAGAAGGAGAUCACUACAAUAUGGGAAUCGAGCGUGACUGUUACUUUGCUGAUGUUGAUGUUUCCAACUUGAACUAA